CCAGUUAGUUUGGGAAUAACAGAGGAGAGUGAGUUCAUUUAGCAUUCUACAUUUGGGGAAUUAUCUUAUUUUUUGUUGAGGAACGGGGCAGUGUUGUUGGAAAAUUAGGAGAUAUGACGGUACCAUCGGAAGUUGUUUUAUAGUGUUCUAAUUGCAAAGAAUUUCAUGAUAUGGAUAUCAUGAAGACAUUUUCAAUUUGCCUAUCUCUUCUGUUCGUCGUGAAGGCACAGAUAGCAAGGCCUAAUAACACUGUAAUUCAGGCUGUAAAUGACAUUUUCAACGACACCUUUUAUGAGGAAGUAACCGAGGAAGCAUUACGUGGUUAUGGAGCACUUCAUAAAUGUGGAGAAAAUGAAAGGCAAGGUAUAGAUGUUUGUGUUCCUUACUACAACUGUGAUCCUACCACAAAGACUGUCAUACAAACGGGAGAGUUCGACGGCUUUAACAGUAUAAAUAUCAGAAACUUUGCAUUUGGAUCAUCAUUGAAAAAUGGAUUAUAUGACGAUGGCGAAAACCAAUGUGACCACUAUCUAGACGUGUGUUGCCAAGUACGACCAAACAGCACUUCGACAUUUUCUUCAACCACACAGGGCAGUAUACUUACUCAUUCUUCAACCAGAGAAGCAUUCACAUCACCAUCAAUAUCAAGUACGGAAAGAAUCACACGAACUAAACCAACCGCAACAACGAGAAAACCAACAUCGACUGGUAAUAGACCUGAUGAGUUUACACUAAACGAGAAAGCGGAUGAUGAUUGGACCGAAUGCGGUGUAAGGAAUGUAAAUGGUAUAGACUUCACUCUUCAGGGAAAUUUGCAUAACGAAGCCCAGUAUGGAGAAUUUCCUUGGCAGGUGGCACUUCUGAGGACCAAUUAUGAUAAAUCUAUCCAUGGUCACCAAUGUAUUUGUGGAGGCUCACUAAUUCGCCCUAACGUAGUCCUAACUGCAGCCCAUUGUUUAACAAUACUGCAACCUUCUGAGAUAACUGUCCGAGCCGGAGAAUGGGAUACUCAGACUACAAAAGAAAGAAUACCCUUCCAAGAACGACUAGCGAUCAAGACCAUUACACACGAGAAAUAUGGAGAUGGGGCUAUAAACGAUAUCGGAAUCGUAGUAUUGAAUGAGCCAUUCACCAAAGUGAAGAGUAUUGGUCUGGUGUGUUUGCCGAAAGCAAACCAGAAAGUUGACUCGCAGCACUGUAUCGCGAGCGGUUGGGGAAAAAAUAAUUUUGGUAGAGAAGGAGCCUACUCAGUUAUCUUGAAGAAAAUUGAGCUUCCAAUAGUUUCGAAUGAUAAAUGUCAAAAUUUGCUGCGAAAAACACGUCUAGGACCUCUCUUCAAACUUCAUAAUUCGUUCACAUGUGCUGGAGGUGAGGCCGGUAAAGAUACAUGCACUGGUGAUGGCGGAAGCCCGCUCGUGUGCCCUGACCAGGAUAACCCAAGGAGGUAUAUACAAUCUGGCAUUGUUUCAUGGGGUGUUGGAUGUGGACAGAAAGAUGUUCCAGGUGUAUACACAGAUGUUGUGAAAAUGAUAAACUGGGUAGAAAGGAAACUGAGGGAAAUCAAUACCUGAAAGAUAAAAUUAGAGGAUUAUUGUGUUAAAAUAUAGGUAAUAAUCAUUAUAUGUAUAUAGGUCUUCCGAACAAUAAUGUAUUAUACAUUAUUUCGAAAAAAUGAACUGCCAUGAAAAGUU